AUGGUGAAAUCCAGUGGAUUCAACACCAUCCCUGAGUAUAUACACAAGAAUACUCUGAACGAUGUGACCAUCUUCCACUACGACAGUGAUACAGAUUCUAAAAUGGCGUGUCCUGAUUGGUUAAACAGCACCGAAGCGAGAGAGAAAUGGAGCUUCAUGGAUUAUCAAACAGACCACAUCAGAGAUAUCAUUAACUUGGGAUUUGAAUCAGCUGUUCAGCAGUUUAACCGGACAGUUCCAGAAGUUCGGAUCAUUGAGAAGAAGAAGAGGACCGGUUCUGUUACAGUAAUGUGUCAUGUGAUGGGGUUUUACCCCCGGGAGGUUCAGGUGUUCUGGCUCGGUUCAGAUCUUCAGCCUGUGGAUGAAGGAGUCACUGAGAUCUUACCCAAUGGUGAGGGAACCUACCAGACCAGAAAGAGUGUGAUAGUUCCAGAGGAGGAUGUAGGAAAACAGAACUACAGCUGUGUAGUUCUGCACAUCAGCGUACCCAACAACAUCACCACAGUCUGGGUUUUCACUGUGUCCGAUGAAGGACCAGAGAGAGAUUCCUCUGCAGAUUCUGGGUCUCUAAAUCUGUGCAUCAGUGUUGUGAAAACCAGUGGAUUUAACACCAUCCCUGAGUAUAUACAGAAGAAUACUCUGAACGAUGUGACCAUCUUCCACUACGACAGUGAUAUGGAUUCGAAAAUGCCGUGUCCUGAUUGGAUCAACAGCACAGCAGCGAGACGGGAAUGGAACUACAUGCAAUUUCAAACAGAUCGCAUCAGUUAUCACAUCACUCAGGGGUUUGAAUCAGCUGUUCAGCAGUUUAACCGCACAGGUUCUUUGGCUGACAGAAACAUUUACCAGGCCAGAGGAUGCUGUGUCCUUUAUCCAAACGGAACCAACACAUCAUCCCUAACUCACACGUUCAACGGAAAGGACUUCAUAGGUUUCGAUUUUGACAGAAAGACAUUUGUGGCUCCAGUUCAUGAAGCAGUUGUGUAUAAACACCAAAGGGAAACCAGAAGCAGUCUUUUCAAUGUAUUACACUUCUUCGGAACUCAGUGCAUACAAAACAUUCAACUGUUUAAAACGGCUCCUGCAAUCCUGGAAAGAAAAGUUCCAGAAGUUCGGAUUUUUCAGCAGAAGAAGAGGGCCGGUUCUGUUACAGUAACGUGUCAUGUGACGGGGUUUUACCCCCGGGAGGUUCAGGUGAUCUGGCUCGGUUCAGAUCUUCAGUCUGUGGAUGAAGGAGUCACUGAGAUCUUACCCAAUGGUGAUGGAACCUACCAGACCAGAAAGAGUGUGAUAGUUCCAGAGGAGGAUGUAGGAAAACAGAACUACAGCUGUGUAGUUCUUCACAUCAGCAUACCCAACAACAUCACCACAGUGUGGGUUGGACAGAAAUGUGGUGGUUUUGCACUCUGGAUUCCUCUGGUCUGUAUUUCUUUGUUAGCCUGUGGAACUGGAUUUGGAGUAUGGUGGCGCUGCCAAACUCGAGAUGCUGUCAUCUGAGCCUGCUGUCUGAACACUGGGAUAAAGAACAGUAAAGUUUAUUUUAUUAAUACAAUAUGUGAUAUCACGUAUAUUAAUGUAUAUA